UUAUUUUAUAUUGAACAUUGAUGUAUAUUACAAAAUUUGUAACUGAAAAGCAAAUUUAUAGAAAAAAUUCUUAAAAAUGGACACAAAACCUAAUUACACUGUUCAAAUAAAACAUGGUUACACAGGAUUCCUUCAGCAACUUCCAAUUGUGUUUGAGAUUUUAAAAAAUAAUCCUGAUAAGAUUGUUGAUGAUACAGCAAUAGAAAGAUUGUUAAACUGGAUGGAAGUGAUAUCAAGUAAUCAGUCAUUGGUAGAAUGUUGUGUUGAUUAUCUUACUUGUAAUGAGAUUUGGCAGCAUCCCGUAGCAUUUUCUGUUGCAUUGAGGGUUGGGGGAUAUAUUGGAUGUUAUGAUCUUUCUCAAGAAAUAAAUGAAAUCAUUUUGAUGUUAUUGACACGCUUGCAAACACACAAUCUUUUUUCUAAUGCCACUGUUCAAUUUAGUUUUUUUAAAUGCCUUGCCUCGCUUGCCAAAAAUAGUUGUUGGUAUGAAAGAAUAAAAAAAUACCUUGACAUCUCUCUAUGUACAUUCAACACUUCUUAUCUUUAUGUGAAAAAAUCAGCUGUCUUGUUUCUUGUUCAAUAUCUUCAAGAUGAAAAUCAAUGUGUGUAUUUUGUCGAAUAUAUGGCAAAUUAUUCACUAUCAGCUGAACAAUUGGUGUAUGUUCUAGAUACAAUUAUUAAAUUAUUUGAAAUCAAAAAAAUUCAUUCUGCCCAAAUGUUGUGUUCCAAAUUAAAUAUUAUCAAAGCAUGCAUAGAAUUGAUACUUACUGAGAAGCAUUUUCUUUUACUAGAAGAAUUGAUUUCCCUGUUUUCAUUACUAUCAAGGAAUGGAGCUGAUUAUUGGAAUGGUUUAUUCAAAACUGAAAAAAAACUAGAAGAUACACUUUUUUCUUUUGUAAAAGCUAUAAAACUUAAUGACUUCUUGAAUCACUAUGUUCCAGCUCUCUGCUCAAGUCUUAUUCAAUGUAAUUUUUCAUUCUAUUUUCCUGAAACAUGGAAUAGUACUUUACUCAAAGUAAUGUUAGAUGACAUUUUUCAAGAAAAUGAUAGUUUCUUAUCACCAUUUCAUGAUGAUUAUAACAAACCACCAAUGGCUGGAGCUGCAUGGAAAAAAUAUCUUAUUGUUGCGAUUGACUUCAUGAAUGUAAUUGAGAGAAUGAGUAUACCUCUUCAAACUAUGGAUCACAUGUUUGCUACUCUAUUAAUGGAUUGGCAAAUAUUUUUAUUUAAAGUUCUUCAAAUUUCGUUAAGUUGUGGUUUAGAUGAAAAAAUUAGCAAUAACUACAUUUCACUUAUCAAUGAUAAAAAAAUUACAAGGCUGUGCUGUGCCUACAUAAAAUCAAUGAAAUUUCAAGAUUUGAACAUAGUUGUCAAUGAAAAGUUAGCUUGUUGCAUUGUUAUAUCCUUACAAAGUCACGCAGAGGUGCCCCAAGUCACCAGUUCUCUACUGGAGUUGCUGUCUCGUUAUAUUAGUGAAAGUGAUACAAAUUUUUCAUUAAUAACUUUAGCUUGUAAAGCUAACAAUAUUUGUUUGGCAGAAAUUUUAAAUAUGAAGCUUUGGGACAUUAGUUGGGAAGUGAAAGAUUCGUUACUUGAUGUUUUAAUCCAAGCGAUAAAGGGUGCAGUCAAAGGUUACAAAUGUCAUCAUGAAUUUCUGGUCACUAAUCUGUUUUGGUGUAAAGUUAUGCCUUUAAUGAAUGACAAUGAGAGUUACAUUAGGUCCAAAACUAUUGAGUUUGUCACUCAAGUUGUGUUAUUCGAACCAAUGUGGGUUUUGUUUCAAAAAGAAAAUUCUCUUCCACUUGAAAAUUUGUGGAAAAAGCUUGAAGAAGACUUUACUAGUCCGGCUCGUCAAGAUGAUUUUUUCACACGCCGGAGCGUUUUAGAAAUGCUUCUGUGCUGUUCAAAUCACUCAAACGCAUACAGUGAUAUAUUUACAAAUAAACUUAGUGACUCAUGUAUGAAGUCAGUUAAAGAAUCCGUUUUCAGAAUUCUUCAAAAUUGUGCCAAUGAUUUGGACUGGGAAGUCAGAAAGCUUAACAUUAUUCUAUGGACAUCAGUGAUUUCACGUAUUGAGAAGAAUGCAUUUGCAAUAAAUGAUUUUUUAGAUUUUGUUAUAGAGAACAAUUUUAUCUUAAUAAUUUUAUUAACAUUGUGUGAUGUUGAGUAUGCUGUUCAAAUCGAAUCUUUGAAAUGUUUAAGGCUGUUACAGAGACCUUUUAUUAAUGACAAAAAAUUUGAUCUCAGUGAAUCUUUUAAUUAUAAUGUAAAAUCAUUGGAAGAGUUUGAAACUUAUUUAAAAACUAUGGAUUUGAGUACUAGAAAAAAUAUUGUAAGCUUCAUUAAAAGAUUGGAUUUAGAUUUGUUAUUGAUGGAUGUAAACGUUCUAGAUGAUACUGUCAAAAGUGAUCCCGUGUCAUUCCUUGAAGAUAUCAUAAGCUCUGCCAAAGAGAAUGACUCAAAUUUACUAGAUUGCUAUUAAUUGAAUUUGGUUAAUAUCUUAAAACUAUCUUUUUUUUUGAGUACUGCGAGGCUAAUUAGCUAAAGGAUUUUGAAUAUUACAAGGCUAUUUAGCUAAAGAAUUUUGAAUACUACGAGGCUAUAUAGCUAAAGAAUUUUGAAUACUGCGAGGCUAUAUAGCUAAAGAAUUUUGAAUACUAUGAAGCUAAUUAGCUAAAGCCUUAAAAUCAAACAAAAAGUAAUAAGAAAGAAAAAAAAACAUUCUGCAAAAAGCAAAUUUGCUACCAGUCCCAAAUGAUCUCUAACUAUUCCUCAAAGAACUAUGGAAGAAAAUAAUGUUUUCUAGCAAAUUACCAAGUUUAAAAAAAUUUCAUAAA